CAUGGCGGCGUGUACCGCUCCACCGGGGGAGGACACACCGAGACUAUUGCGUGACCCAGAACUGUGCUAAGCCUCGAGCAUUCCUUCAUUCCCUGCUAGUAAACCGUUGAAACACCUUUGUGAGGUUUCCUGUUGCCAAAAUGGAAGUUUUCCACUCCGUGAAGGAGAGGACAAUAGCAGAAAACAGCAUGGUCAUACUUCUUCAGGGACUUCACGGAUAUGUCACCACUGUUGAUCUCAGAGAUGAAAGCACGGCCAGAGGUACAAUCACCAAUGUGGAUGCUUUCAUGAACAUUCGAUUGGCUAACGUAACCUAUAAGGACCGACAAGGGAAAGAGGCCAAGCUGGAUGAUCUGUUUGUUACAGGGCGCAAUGUACGCUACGUACACAUUCCAGAGGAAGUAGAUAUAAUCCGAACUAUUGAAGAGCAGUUACAGAAGAUUCAGAGUAUUCGUGGCUUUGGUGGAAAGGGAAGAAAAGAGUUUCCUACAAGGAAGUCAAAAUGAGCAUCAGUUUAGAAGAAACACAUCUUCUAGUGUUAUAUUAUUAUAUUUGUGUAAAGAUGCUAACAUAAAUUCUACUGCAAAAUGUUACUUAACUAUAAGACCAAAUAGUACCUUUUUUUUUGUGCCAGCUACAGUGACUUUUUCUUUUCCUUUAUACACAUGCUCAUAGAACUAUUUAAGCCAUAAUUUAAAAUGCCAAUGAAACGCAUUGGAUUUAUACUAAAGUACAUUCUGUUUGUAUGUAUGUAUGUGUGUGUGUGUGUAUAUAUAU